AUGACUCGAUGCCCUGAACCGCGCUCUCGAGGGAGACACAUGCAUUCUUGGUCUAAUCUAUAUGGUAAACAAAGGCACAUCAGCUUCUGCGAGGUCUUCUUCACGUCUCGAACCUACCUGGCAACGUCCUCCGGUCCCCGUUUCGACUUACGCUGCCAGACUGGCCCUCAGGCCGUCCGCCCUGAUUGCAUCGCCCGCAAUUGCGAUCGACUCCCCGGACGAUCGAUACCGGGCCCGACACGUUCUUCGCUUUCGGCCGAGAUCAUCGAGAAGCCCGACAACCCUUACGUACGCGUCGCUUUGGAGAUCGGACUUUACGGUACAGGAACGCACAGAUCCGUACGCGAAGCGAGGGAAAGGACGUCGAAGCGAACGAGAGAGAAGAACGUAGACGAGUCGAGAGGCGAACGAGUAGAAGCGCAGGGAGAGAGGUCUAGAGUCCGCUUCCGUACGCUUCGAAACACUAGCCAGGCCAGGCAGGAAACGGACAGUAUGGAACGAAACCUUACGGAACAGGACAGGAUUGGACAAGGACAGCGAUUCGAAGGACAGUACGGCAGGGACUUAGAUGAAGAAAGUAAUUUCGAAGGAGAACACGCAGGCGCAGUUCAAGAAGAAGGACGAGUCAGGACAGAAACGCACGAAGAGUUACUUCUUCGUGUACAAGAGGCCGAACGAGUACAGGAAGAACAGGAACAAGAAAAGGAAGCUCUCACUCGAGAGUUGAUGAAUGUUAGGGCGGAAAGGAUGUUAAGCGGUGAGACUGAGUCCGUUCCCGCUCAGGAGCGGGCUGAAACGUACGAAGAAUUACUCCGUCGCGCGGAAGAAGCUGCACGGGACCAAGAGAUUCAAGCCCAAAUCAACGAGGCUUUAGCUCGGGAAUUACGAGAGCUCAAGAAUCAACACGGAACCGGACAGAGAAUUGCUGUACGGGGAAUUUCUGAACAACCAUCGAUCCGUUCGAAUAGGACCAUCCGAGAACGGAUUGAAACUUCCCCGGUUGGAGACCCGUACGCGAGACUUGAAGAACUUUCCAGGGAGGAACAACUUCAAAUCAUGAAAGAUAGGGAAGAACCCGAAGACGACAAGGUCCAAGACUCGAAGGGCCUCACGCCGGAUACCUUUCACGGGGAUCCGAAGAAGGUGGACGAAUUCUUACUGCAGUGUACUAUUUCGUUUACCUUACGGAAGAGUUACUUCCGCCGGGAUGGCACAGGGCUUAAACGAACAGCGACAGUACAGAUCUGUUCGUUUCACCCCUCAGGCGACAGCACCCGUUCCUUACCGGAGUUACUCAGCCCCUAUUACCGGUAG